AUGUCUCCUGGCCAAAGCGAAAUAAAUAAACUAAAAGAGGUUUUAAAAAAACUACCACAAGAAAAAAAUGACGAGAAAAAGAGAGAAGUUCUCAAGAAAGUAAUAGCAUACAUGACCCUAGGGGUCGAUGUAUCCAAGUUAUUUCCAGAUAUUAUAAUGAUGUCAAGUACAAAUGAUAUAAUACAAAAAAAAAUGAUAUAUCUGUACUUAAAUAAUUACGCAGAAACAAACUCAGAAUUAUCGUUACUCACAAUAAAUACUUUGCAGAAAGAUAGCAAAGAUGAUGAUCCUAUUAUAAGGGGUUUGGCUUUACGCAGUUUUUGCAAUUUAAGAAUUAAUAAUUUAUUUGAAUAUAUAGAAGGACCUUUAUUUAACGGUUUGGUUGAUAAAAAUUCCUAUGUUCGAAGAAUUGCUAUCAUAAGUUGUGUAAAAUUAAUUAAAAUGAACCCACAGAUGGGUAUAAAAAAUGAUGUUAUAAAAAUUUUGAAAAAUAAAUUAUUAGAUAAAGAUCCCCAGUGUGCAAUAAAUGCUGUACAUGCGUUGAACGAAAUAUUAAUAGAUGAAGGUGGCUUAAAAGUUAAUAAAGAAAUAAUUUUUAAUAUGUUAAAUAAAAUAUCAACUUUUAACGAAUGGGGUAAAUGUGUCGUACUAAAUAUUGUAAGUACGUACACUCCAGAUAAUGAAGAUGAAAUGUAUGAUAUUAUGAACAUUUUAGAAAAUCAUUUAAGAGAUUUUUCAUCAGCCGUAUUUUUGUCAUGCUUAAAAUGUUUUCUAAAUUUUUCUACCAUUGAUUCAAAUUUACAAAUUCAAAUUUUUCAAAGAAUGAAGGACCCUUUACUUACAUUAAUCACGACAUCUUCUUAUGAAAUUUCUUACAUCGUUUUAUUACAUACAAAUUUAUUAUUACACGAAGCUAAUAAAAUAAAUUAUAGUAUAUUUGACUACGAUUAUAAACAUUUUUUUUUUCGACACAACGACCUUACAUAUAUAAAGGACAUUAAACUUGACAUUCUCGUAUCCGUUGCAUCCAAGAAUAACGUGGUCUUGAUAAUAAACGAAUUGAGUGAAUAUAUCCUUGAUCCAAACGUUGAAAUUUCACAGAAGGCCAUUUAUUCCAUUGGAUGUAUAGCACUGAAAAUCCCAAAGGCAAUUUCAAAAAUAGUGGAAUUGGCCUUGUCGUCCUUUCUUCCAAUGAAUUAUUCAUAUAUAUGUAGUGCCACGAUAGAAAUGCUAGCAAAUAUAUUAAGGAAAUACGAUGAAUACACAAAAAUAAUUAUUGAAGAAAUUAUAAAAUAUGAUAAUAAGAUAAUGGAAAAUAAUGGAAUUAUAUCUUACAUUUGGAUUAUUGGUGAAUAUUGUGAAUACAUAGAAAAUUCACCAUAUAUUUUAGAAGAAUAUGUACAUUUAACCGAUUGUUCAUAUUUAUUUAUGCUUGAAUUAUUAACUGCCUCUAUAAAAGUCUUUUAUAGAAGGCCAUCAGAAAUGAUAACUAUUCUUUCAACACUUUUUGACAAUAUAGUAAAAAAUUAUAAAUACCCAGAACUUACAGACAAAAUGUAUUUUUAUUACAAGUUAUUAAGCUAUAAUUAUGAAGAAGCUUUUAAUAUUAUCGUUUGCAAAAAAAAAUUAGUAAAAAAUUUUUGCGAAUCGAACGAAAAUAUUUUAUUGGAUAAAUUGUACAAUGAAUUUAACACCUUAUCUGUGUUGUAUAAACAACCUAUAUAUAAAUUUGUCGAAUAUUCAAAAAUACGUUUUGGUGGAAUAUACGAUCCAGAGGAAAAUUAUGAGAACCACAUUGAUAUUGAUAAUUCUCAUACAGACAGUGUUCAUGAUAAUGUUCUCAAUCAUAAUGAUAUGGAUAGGGAAAAUCUUUUAAACACUUCAGAAAAUGUUAAACCAGGUGUAAAAUAUCCUGUAUCCGAUGGAAAUCUCAUCAGUGACGCAAAUACAAACUAUCAUACGAGCAGAAGUAGUCUUAACAAUAUUUCCAAAAUAAACGAUGAAAUACUAUUAAUUGAGGACGACGUAACUGGUAACUAUGAUCACGGCACUGAGGAAUAUAGAACACAUCGAGAAACGAGAGGAAAAGGAAUGAACAAAUCCAAUUUUUAUGAAGGUACACAACAAUCUGUCAACAUUAGUAACAACAGCUUAAGCAAUGAAGGCAUAAAAAAAUGGAAUAAUAGAGAUUCCACUAAUAACACACCAAAUACUUCUAACAAUAGUAGUAUUCGAAAUGGUCAAAAGAUAGAUAAAAAAAAAUCACAUGAAUUACUGAAUACCCUCAAUUCUGAUAAUUUAAAAAAAAUGAAUGAUAUUUUAAUGGAUGCUGAAAAUAUAACCCCAGAAUGUUAUCAAGAACAGUGGAAUAUACUGCCUGAACAGAAUAAUGAAAAAAUAUUUUUAAGAAAAAAUGAUUAUAAUUUGCAAUUAGAAGCAAUUGAUGAAUUCAUAUCAAAAUACAAUAUUAUAACCCUUGCAUCGGGAGAAAUUGAUCAAUGUUUGAAGUUCUAUAUGUAUUCGCAGUUUUACACAAAGGAUUAUGUAUUUAUUGAACUAAUUUUUAACAAGGCGGAGAAUUCCAUAAACUGGAUAUUGAAAUCCCACUGUAAUGAUCUCAACACGCUUGAGCGUUUUACUGAUUAUUUUAGGGAUAUAUUCAUGGAUUUCAUGUGA